UCAACGUGCCCGAAAAUAAACGUCACUCUAUGGGCGACUGAAUCUCUAUUUUUAUCCUAAAAACCCCAACACUCUAUCUGUAUCGUGAUAUUCAAUACCAUUUCAAGCUCACAAUCACAGGAUUACUAAAGCUUUUUCUCAAAAAUAACCCCCGGCGUGUCUAGCAUAAUCGAGAAUAUUCGUUAAUCCUUUUAAAUGUAACGAGAUCUGUGGAGGUGCUCAGUAACAAUUCGAUAUCGACACGAUAAUUAUUGAAUAUUCUCAGAAGAAUUUUUGUCAUCGAGUUUUGAUUUUUCGUACAAUAAAGAAUGACGAAAUCAACAUUGUCUCCACGAGAAUUGAAAGAAAAGGGUAAUGAGGAGUUUCAGAAGGGUAAUUUCGAUGAGGCCCUCGAAUACUACUCGACGGCCUUGAAAUUGAGUCCAGAGGACACCCCGGAGAAGUCGGUGUUUUACAAAAAUCGAGCUGCAGUACACCUGAAGCAGAAGUCCUACGAUAAAGUGAUCAAGGAUUGCGACGAAUCCCUGAAGAUAACUCCGAAUGACCCAAAGGCGCUCUUCAGAAGGUGUCAGGCUCUGGAAGCCCUGGAACGCUAUGAAGAGGCGUAUCGUGACGCCAGAUACGUGAUAAACGCAGACCCCUCCAACAAAGCGGUCCAGUCCAUUCUCUCGAACCUCUUCGAAAUAGUCCAGGAACGUCACAAGCAGAACUCUCGAACCAGUGCCAAAGUUUCUCAAAUGCUGGAGAUGGCAUUCGACAUGAAAACCGACAAAGAUAAGCGUGAGACCGCUAUGAAUAAUCUUCUGGUGCUCUCUCGAGAGUCAGCCGGUGCUGAGGCGAUGUUCAGGGAGGGAGUGGUAUCAAAAAUCCUGAAACUCCUGAAGCUAGAGGGGAAGAAUGAUGAUAUUGUCAUCGCAGCUGUGCGAGUGAUCGAUGAAUUAUGCAAAAAUAACAUCGAGAGGACAGAAGUGAUAAUCAGGGAGAUUGGAAUACCCUGGCUCCUAGAGAUGAUGAACAGCAGGUCCGAGGAAAGGGUUAAUGCAGCACAGCACUGCAUGCAGACAGUGCUAAACAGCUACAGUGGCUUGGAGAACAAGCCUGAAGCGAAGCCGGAUAAAGAGCUCUGUGAGAAGUAUAAAUCUGAGAUCGACACGAUUUUAUCGUGCCUUGUCUUCAUUACGACGAAUAGAACACUGUCAGGGCUGGCCAGGGACGCAGUUGUCGAGUUGAUCAUGAGAAAUAUUCACCACAAUGCCCUCAACUGGGCUGCGAGGCUCGUGGAGAUCAGGGGACUUCAACGAUUGAUGGAAGUAGCCAGUGAACUCGAAGAGUACAAGUAUGAAUCCGCGAUGAAUAUUACACCAUCUACGAGGACCGUGACUAGUGUCUGUCUGGCUAGGAUUUACGAGAACAUGUGGUACGAUCAGUUGAAGCAGAAGUUCAGUGAGGCGAUUGAUGAAUACAUCAAGGAUAAACUGCUAUCCCCAGACAUUGAGUCGAAGGUUCGAGUCACUGUGGCCAUUACUACAUUGUUGCUGGGGCCCCUGGACGUGGGAAACUCCAUCGUUGCCAGGGAUGGCAUUCUCCAGAUGAUUCUCGUGAUGGCUGAUACUGAUGACAUCCUCCAGCAGAAGGUCGCCUGCGAGUGUAUAAUCGCAGCUGCUUCGAAGAAGGAUAAGGCCACGACGAUUAUUAAUCAGGGGGUGAACAUUCUGAAGAAGUUGUAUCAAUCGAAGGACGAUGCCAUCAGGGUGAGGGCACUCGUUGGUUUGUGCAAACUGGGGUCAUCUGGGGGUACUGACGCUACGAUCAGACCUUUUGCUGAUGGUGCCACUAAGAAACUGGCAGAGGCCUGCAGACGCUUCCUCAUCAAUCCCAAGAAAGACAAGGAUAUGCGGAAAUGGGCGGUGGAGGGUCUUUCCUAUCUAACUUUCGACGCUGAGGUCAAGGAAAAACUCGUGGAGGACCAGCAGGCCAUCAAGGCGAUGAUAGAACUAGCAAAAACUGGAGACAAAUCUGUUCUCUAUGGGGUUGUGACGACCCUGGUGAACGUUUGCAAUGCCUACGACAAACAGGAGAUGAUUCCUGAAAUGGUGGAGCUGGCGAAAUUCGCGAAGCAUCACAUUCCCGAGGAACACGAGCUCGACGACCCAGACUUCAUCAAUAGACGUCUGGUGUUGUUGGCGAAGGCUGGGGUGACGAGUGCCCUCGUAGCUCUGGCCAAGACUGACAGUCAGAACAGCAAGGAGCUCAUUUCCAGGGUGUUCAAUGCCAUUUGUAGUCAGCAGGAGGUCAGGGGGAUUGUGGUGCAGCAGGGAGGGGCCAAGGCUCUCCUACCUCUGGCCCUCGAUGGCACUGACAAGGGGAAGAAACAAGCCUCGCAGGCACUCGCCAGGCUGGGGAUCACUAUUAACCCUGAAGUGGCUUUCCCUGGUCAGAGAAUCAUGGAGGUGAUACGACCUCUUCUCAAUUUAUUGAAUCCCGAGUGCUCGGCUCUUGAGAACUUCGAAGCCCUCAUGGCCCUCUGCAACAUCGCUGGAGUCAAUGACCCCAUCAGGAAGCACAUCCUCAAAGAGGGGGGAUUCCCCAAGAUCGAGGCGUACAUGUUCGAGCAGCAUGAGAUGCUCCAGAGAGCUGCCACUCAGGUCAUUAAUAAUCUCGUCAUGUGUGAGGAUACCAUCAAAUAUUUUGAGGGUGAUAAUGACAGAAUCAAGUAUCUGGUCAUCCUCUCUGAGGAUGAGGAUGUGGAUACCAGUCUUGCUGCGUCUGGGGCUCUCGCUAUGAUCACCUCGAUGAGCAUCAAGGCUUGUAAUAAAAUAUUUGACUCGAAGAAUUGGCUUGAGACUCUCAGGUUCCUCUUGGGUAAUCCCAAUCCUGAGAUCCAACACAGGGGCGUCGUCAUUGUAGUUAAUAUGAUCAGCAGUGCCAAAGAAAUUGCUACGAAGGUCAUUGUCACGGAUAUUAUGGAAAUAUUGAUGGCUAUUACCAAGAGUGAGGAUGUGAAGAAUCCUAAGGUAAAGGAAAUCGCUCAGGGGGCCUUGGAGGCUGCUGCCAAGUGGGAACUCAUUGAGAAACAACCGGAGGAACGGGGUGAUGUGCAGAGGGUGGAGAAUGAGGGAGGAGUGGACUCGGUCGAGUGAGAAGUUGAUGUGUGCCUUCCA